ACUGACACCGUAUUUACGUCAGCCACGUUGGAACUGCCAACUCGGUGUUUUUAUGAUAAAUAUUUUAUUUUUCUCACCUAAAUACCCGGCGUUGGCGAGUGAGGAUGAAGAUCAAGGAGCUGAAGCGGACAGUGAACGUGAGCUGGUCGCCGGCGGAUCAGGCGCCGGUGCUGCUGGCGGCAGGCUCGGCGGCGCAGCAGGUGGAUGCGUCCUUCAGCAGUUCGUCGCAGUUGGACCUGUAUUCCUUGAAUUUGGACGAUCCUGGACUCGAUUUGGAACUCAAAGCCAGUUUACAAACGCAGCAUAAAUUUCACAAGCUAGUAUGGUCAGGAGCUGGUGUCAUUGUGGGAGGUUGUGACGGGGGUCUCUUAGAGUUCUACAGUGCUGACAGGCUGCUCAAGAAUGCUGACAACCCACUGCUGGGCAGCAACACUAAACACAAUAAUCAUGUGUCAGCACUGGAUAUGAACCCGUACCAGAAGAACCUCCUGGCCUCCGGAGCGUCUGACAGCGAGAUCUUCAUCUGGGACCUGAACAACACCACUCAACCCAUGGCUCCGGGCAACAAGAGCCAGCCGCUCGACCAUGUGCAGGCACUAGCUUGGAAUCAGCAGGUGCAACACAUUCUUGGUUCGACAUUUGCAUCCAGAUGUGUCGUGUGGGAUCUGCGGAAAAACGAGCCUAUCAUGAAAUUAAGUGACAACGUGUCCCGCACCCGGUGGCGCGCGCUGGCGUGGCACCCCGGCGUGGCCACGCAGCUGUGUGUGGCCUCAGAAGACGACGCCGCCCCCGUUGUUCAGCUCUGGGACCUCAGAUUGGCAGCAUCCCCGCUAGUGACACUUGAGGGUCACCAGAAGGGCGUGACGGCGUUAUCCUGGUGCAGACAGGACCCUGACCUCCUCCUGUCAGCCGGGCGAGACGGCCGAGUGCUCUGUUGGAACCCCAAUAACACCCAGCCGGGUGGCGAGCUGCUAGUGGAAGUGGCACAGCAGGAGCAGUGGGUGUUCGAUGUGUCCUGGUGUGCCCGGGACCCUAGUUUGCUGGUGUCAAGCUCUUUUGAGCAGCAAGUCACAGUGCACUCGCUGUUGGGCGGGGGAGGCAGUGCGAGGCCGGAAACUAGCGGUCAGAGCCAGUCAAACAUCUUGGAGGCGUUCGGAGCAGCGUCGCUGGGGCAGCUGCCCUGUGUGGCGCGCGCCGCGCCGCCGCCCGCGCCGCGCGCCGCGCUGCCGAGGGCUCCCAAGUGGCUCCGGAGACCCUCAGGAGCCAAGUUCGCCUUCGGCGGCAAAUUGGUGACGUUUGAAAAGUGCCCCCGAGAAAAUCCACAGAAGACCGUAUACAUUAGUCAGGUGGUGAGUGAACCAGAGAUAAUCGAGCUGGCGGCCGAGCUGGACGGGGUUCUCAGUUCCACUCUAAGCAACGAGCCGGGAGCCAUCGAGGCGUUGGCACAGUACUGUCGGCAGAAAGGCGACGCCGCUAGCGAGCAAAAUGAUCGAUACACGUGGUUCUUCCUGCGAGCGAGCUUCCUACCUAACUUCCGGAGCGAAGUCCUCAAUCUGCUGGGAUUCAAGCAAGACGAAAUCCCGUCCAAGUUCAAAAGUGGAAUCGCCGACCAGACAGACCACGCUGGACUCAGCCGAGGCGAGUCCACGGAGACCGACGCGGAACUCUCCACUGACACCAGCACUGAUCUUUCGGAUGCACACACACUGAUCGAAAGGAAACUGUCAAAUUUGGACCUGGAGCCCCAAGCACAAAAUGUCGUCAUUCCCAACGGAGAAGAUUCGACCAGUGUCAUCUGCCGCGCGCUGGUGUGCGGGAACCUCGAGGAGGCCGUGGAGCUGUGUCUUGACGCCAAGCGGGUGGCUGACGCACUCGUCAUCGCCUCUCUGGGCAGUCAAGAGCUCCUCUACAAAGUCCAAAAAUACCACCUGGCGCACUCCGGCCGCGACCCGGUGGCUCUGGUAGCCAGUAGUUUGCUGAACGGCCGCUGGGAGGCGCUGGUGUCUUCGUCUAGCCCGUCUUCGUGGAGAGAUGUGCUGGCGGCAUGUGUCACUCACACUGAGGGCGCCGAGCUGCAGCAUUACUGCGAAAUGCUCGGCGAUCGCCUCUCAAAAGAAUCCGAUCCAGCCCUCGCUGAGGCAUCAACAGUGUGCUAUAUAGUGGGCGCUAGUGCCGACGCCUUGCUGUCCCGCUGGGGGGCGAGGCGGCGGGACGGGGGGGCGCACGCCUUGGCUAAACUGACGGAGCUGGCGCUACUGAUGAGACGAGCCGCGGCCGCUAGAGGGAGAGACACACAGAAUGGCGGCAAACUGGAAGCCGUACUUACAGAAUACGCGGGACGAUUAGCAGCUCAGGGCUGCCUCCGCAGCGCCCUCAACAGCUUGGAGGGCGCGCCACCGAACGAGCUGCACGAACGGCUCAACACAGCCCUGGGACUCAACCCGCGUCGGCAAAGCCACCAACAGCAGCAAAGUGUGCCGCAGUUCGCGCGCUGCCGCACGACGAGCGGUCACGCCAAGCGCGGACAUUUGGUGGCACACAACGACGUUUCUAACACCUACAGCGCAGUGGCGCCAUCUUACGAGCCCAACCCGUGGGCGCAGCAACAACAAGCCGCGCCCACAUUCCCCGCGCCGCCACAACCGCCCCGCCCGGGCAGCGUGGGGCCGCACUCUGGUGGCAUAACCUCCAAAUCCAAAUACAAAGUGGACCCGUCCGUGCAAUCCGCGCCCCUCUACAACCAGUACAGCUUCAACAACCCCCAACCCCCCACUUAUGGCUUCAACAGCCCCCUCCCCGACCAAUACAGUGGCUCGACAGUCCCCAGCAGUGGCAGCUACACAUACAGCCAGCCGCUAAACCCGAGCCAGCUGAACCCGAUCAACCCGAGUGUAAACCCGAUGAACCCGAGUGUAAACCCGAUGAACCCGAGUGUAAACCCGAUGAACCCGAGCGUAAAUCCAUUAAACCCGAGUGUAAAUCCACUAAACCCGAUGAACCCGAGUGUAAAUCCACUAAACCCGAUGAACCCGAGUGUAACUCCAAUGAACCCGGCGCCAGUAGCGAGUCAAAUGAACGGCAACUACCAUCAGGAGCGGCGGCAGGAGGCGCCGCCUGGCUGGAACGACCCGCCGCCGGUUACUGCCAAGCCUAAGCCAAAACAAGAAGUCCAGGAACAGGCACCCAUCACCCACCCCCUAUACGGAGUAGAACCCACACACGUGCCUCUAAACCCGGCCCAGCAAUAUCCUGGACAACAACAAUAUCCAGGCCAACAACAAUAUCCUGGACAACAACAGUAUCCUGGCCAACAACAGUACCCAGGGCAGUACGACCAGUAUCAGCAGCAACAGUACCCACCUGUAAAGCAGUAUCCUCAGUCGGCAUCACCUUUACCGGCCGUGGAGGCAAAGCCCGCGCAGAAGGCCGAACUACCGGAGGAACAUAAAGUGAUGCAGAGUGUCUUUGACGCCAUCAGGGCCGAGUGCUCUAACAGAGCUGCCAACCCGCAAAUGAAGAGGAAACUAGAAGACGUCCAACGGAGGCUUGAGACGCUGUACGACCUGCUGCGAGAGUACCGGCUAUCGGAGCCGGCAUUAAGCUCGCUCCACACCUGCGUGCAGCACGUCCAAUCCUCCGACUACGAGAACGCACUGCGCGCGACGACUUCACUCGCGACUGGCGCCGACUUCGCCGCCGCGGCCUCGUUCCUGCCCGGCCUCAAGACGCUGCUCCAACUCGCGUACCAACUGCAGGUAUACGUGCGGUGAGCGCCAUCAACGCACAUGUGCGUUUG